UUUUGAUCCGUGGGGUCUGCCGUCUCAGUCGCCAUCAUUACAAGCGCGUUCUGUGGGUGAUUCGGUCGGUCCAGCGCAAAACUGGCGAGUCUGCUGCGGUGGUUACGGCCACAAUCGCGACAGGAAGCACGCAUGGCAGUGUGCAACAGAGAUCGCUCCCGCCGGUCUCGAGUCGACGUUCAGGUGGGCGCAUUUUCACUCCCCUCUUCUCUUGCGAACGUGCAUUCAUCCUCCUGCACUCCCGUGGACUGUACCAUGCAGCGAUACACGAUCGAGAGAACGCUGUCGAAAGCGCUCUUUGGUGAUGUUGUGCUUUGCCGCGACACCGCCACAGGCGCCAUGGUGGCCAUCAAGCGCAUGAACAUGGACGCUGCAAUGGCCCAACUUGUCGUUGGGGAGCCCACCCCGCGCCACGUCGCGGAAGACAUUGUGUUUGAGGAGCACGUCAAUACGGCGCUCUUGGGAGACGGCGACGGCCACCCGAAUGUUCUCGCGAUGCGCCACUCGUUCGUUGAAGGCGGCAUGCAACACUUUGUGUUCGACUACUGCGUGCACGGCGAACUAUUCCAAGUGACCGAGACGCUGCCCAACCACCGCGUGAACAGCGCGACCGCACAGCGAUACUUUCGGGACGUAGUGCACGGUGUGGCAUAUGUGCAUGCGCAUGGGUUUGCCCACCGCGAUUUAUCUCUCGAGAAUGUGCUAGUGAUGGCGAACGACUCGUGCGUCGUGUGCGAUUUCGGCCUCGCUGCCCCGUUGGCGCACGCGAAGAAGCCCAAGGUCGGGAAACCGUUCUACAUGGCUCCAGAAGUCGUCGCUGGUGAUGUGUGUGAUCUCGCGGCAGCGGAUGUGUGGUCACUCGGGAUCUUGCUCUUUGUCCUGUUGACGGGGACGCCGCUCGUCGAAGUGGCUUCGAGGGCAGACCCGCGGUUUCAAUUCUUGGAAAUGAACGGUGUCCGUGCAUUGAUUCAGUCGUGGGGAAUGAACGACCUCUUUGACACGCAGUGCAUGGCCGUCCUCGAAGCCAUGCUUGCUGUGGACUCCCGCGACCGCAUCACCGUCGACAACAUCCUGCGACAUCCGUACCUGCUUCGCACCACUUCGAACGACUCGGCCCACGACGUCCAUGACUCCCACCCAAGCGAACCCGCAGCGCUGAGGGCGCUCAAGGCUGCGACUCGAGCCAUCGACAUGACCACGUUUAUCUUGUAGUUCGAGGUAGACACCGUUAGAUAGGAAACCCCAUUAUGGGUACGUUAUGUGGUGUGUACACGUGUGAAGCAUGGACCAGUGCGAAUUGAUGUCGACAAUCAUUCGGACGUGUGUGUGACAGCGUGGCGUU